UGGAUGUUAGAAAAGUUUCUCAUUUGAUUGCAGCCUGGAUGGACCGCUGAUACACAGCCAAUCGGCAGACCGGGCAGGACAUAGUCCAUUGUGGCAAGGCCACGUCUGAAAGUUCAAAGAAACACACGACCACACACAACUGAGAGAGGCCAAACGGACGAUCAUUCCUUCACCUAACCUUGCCCAAGGCAUACAGCACACUACACGCACAAAGCAUCCGCCAACCCAACAGCAGAAAGCAUUCGAAAACGACUUUUUGAUUCCCAACAAACCGACAAGAACCAUGGAAACAACGGUUCCACUUUCCGCCACUGGUCAUUUGGCAACACUGGAACACAGCAUCUUUUGCAACGGCGUCCUCUCUUUUUUGGACCGCACAUCUAUACGAACACUCAUGUACAUGUCGGAUUUCUGUGACCACUAUGAGCUUCCAAUGUACUUUUGUCGCCUUCACGGGAGCCGAAAGGGUGUCCUCCAUUCGUUCGCCAAAGAAGAAGAAGAAAACCAGACCUUGGAGACCAAGGUAGCUAGAGAAAUCAAUGAAGAUCCUCUGUGGAAAGACCUAUCACAUUCGAGGCGCAUUCUUUGUAUGGAUUGUGUCAUGCAAUUUCAUCGAUACUACCGGUGCAACUUUUGCCACAAACUGGACGAAGCAAGCAAGUUUGAGACAACGUGCCCCGAUUGCAACCAAAAGCCCGUCCUGCAUGUUGCCUUUGCCAAGGACAAAUCAGGGACCAAAUAAGAAGUAGGUCGGCAAUCAUGUGUCCUACGAUUUGCAAAUGAGCAAGCCAGUACGUCGUGACGCGAGUGGAUGCGGAAUUUCUCGGCUAUUGCAAGCUGACUGGACUCGCCGUGACUGCAAUUCGAAUAUUUUGCACGCAUCUUGGCUGUUCGGGGUCAUCCCCUUUAUCCACCAACCGGGCUGCUAUCAUACCUGGUAAGCCUAUAGACAACGGCCAGCUCCGGUUCCUAAAAGUUCUUCUAUUAUGCUAGGUCUACUUAUUUCCUGUCGAC